ACAGAAGGAUUGGGUGUUCGCGGAGAGCCCCUCAAUCGCCCACCCCCAGCCAUCUCCUUUCCCCAUAUACAUUCACAGGGUGGGGCGUGGGAGGCCCCGGUGGGACAGGAGGAAGGGGCUUGGGGACGGGGUCCUGGGGUCGCUGCGGGAGAGAGGGGCGCUGUUCCCUGCCCUCCAGCGGGUCUCACGGUGCAGGGUCUGUCAGCGAUGAGGGUCUGGGGUGCCCGGGGAUGGAGUGGGGUGGAGGGCUCCCCACACCAGUUCUGAAUGUAUAUGUGACGCGUGUGACCUUCCACUUCCUCCCACUGCCCCUCCUCCCACACCCUUUCCCCAGAACUGGACGCCGGAGUCCUCCCUGGGCUCGGGGGGCAGUGGGGGCGCGGGGAACGCCCUCUCCCCUCACCCCAGAAGGCUCACUAAUGGUCUCCUUGUAUCCCCUCUCCCCACCAGAAGAGGAGCGCCCCAAACCUAGCAGGCCCGUGGUGCCCCCACUGAUCCCCCCGAAGAUCCCGGAAGGGGAGCGGGUGGACUUCGACGACAUCCACCGCAAGCGCAUGGAGAAGGACCUGCUGGAGCUGCAGACGCUCAUCGACGUGCACUUCGAGCAGCGCAAGAAGGAGGAGGAGGAGCUGGUGGCGCUCAAGGAGCGCAUUGAGCGGCGCCGGGCCGAGAGAGCCGAGCAGCAGCGCUUCCGGACCGAGAAGGAGCGUGAGCGCCAGGCCAAGCUGGCGGAGGAGAAGAUGCGGAAGGAGGAGGAGGAGGCCAAGAAGCGGGCGGAGGACGACGCCAAGAAGAAGAAGGUGCUGUCCAACAUGGGGGCGCACUUCGGCGGCUACCUGGUGAAGGCGGAGCAGAAGCGCGGCAAGCGGCAGACCGGGCGCGAGACGAAGCUGCGGAUCCUGUCGGAGCGCAAGAAGCCGCUGCACAUCGACGCCAUGGGCGAGGAGCAGCUGCGGCAGAAGGCCCAGGAGCUGUCGGACUGGAUCCACCAACUGGAAUCCGAGAAGUUCGACCUCAUGGAGAAGCUCAAGCAGCAGAAAUACGAGAUCAACGUGCUUUACAACCGCAUCAGCCACGCGCAGAAGUUCCGGAAGGGGGCAGGGAAGGGCCGUGUUGGUGGCCGCUGGAAGUAGGCCCAGCCCAGGGCACCUGGCGUCAUGGCUGUCGGAGUGUGCGUGCUGUUCUGUGCUUGAAAUAAACACUCCCUUCA